GGCGGAGGCUGCGGCCGUGGUGGCGGUGGCCCGGCCCGGCACCGGGGCGCCCGGCCGCGAGGUCCCGCACCGCUCCGCAGAUGGGCCGCGGGAGGGCGGAGCGCUGAGCCCCGCGGGAGGACCUGAGGGCGGCCGUCGGCCCGGCGGUGCCUGGAAUGCGGCUGGGGAGCGAGGAUGGGCACGCAGGGCAGCCCGGUGAAAAGCUACGAUUACCUCCUCAAGUUCCUGCUGGUGGGAGACAGCGACGUGGGCAAGGGGGAGAUCCUGGAGAGCCUCCAGGACGGCGCGUCCGAGUCCCCGUACGCCUACAGCAACGGAAUUGACUACAAGACUACUACCAUCCUGUUGGACGGCAGAAGGGUCAAGCUGGAGCUCUGGGACACAUCGGGGCAAGGCAGAUUUUGCACCAUUUUCAGGUCGUAUUCCAGAGGAGCCCAGGGAAUCCUCCUGGUGUAUGACAUCACCAACCGCUGGUCCUUUGAUGGGAUAGAUCGGUGGAUAAAGGAAAUAGAUGAGCAUGCCCCAGGGGUGCCCCGGAUCCUGGUGGGAAACAGACUUCACCUGGCCUUCAAACGACAGGUGCCCACAGAGCAGGCCAGGGCGUACGCUGAGAAGAACUGCAUGACAUUCUUUGAGGUCAGCCCACUGUGCAACUUCAACGUCAUAGAGUCCUUCACAGAGCUGUCUCGUAUCGUCCUCAUGCGCCAUGGCAUGGAGAAGAUCUGGAGACCCAACCGAGUGUUCAGCCUGCAGGACCUGUGCUGCCGAGCCAUCGUUUCCUGCACCCCCGUGCACCUCAUCGACAAGCUGCCGCUGCCUGUCACCAUCAAGAGUCACCUGAAGUCCUUCUCCAUGGCCAACGGGAUGAACGCGGUGAUGAUGCACGGCCGCUCCUACUCCCUGGCCAGCAGCGGGGGAGGCAGCAGCAGCAAAGGCAACAGCCUGAAGAGAUCCAAAUCCAUUCGGCCGCCCCAGAGCCCCCCCCAGAACUGCUCGCGCAACAACUGCAAGAUCUCUUAGCAGGACGGGCGCGCCGUGAGCUCCGUGUGCACCCACACACCCCUGUACAGAUGUUUGCACACUUCACCCUUUCCGAACGGAUCCUUUAGGAUGGGCCUCGGCUGCUUUCCCUGCGGUGCACGCAGGCGUCAGGAAUGUGCUCUCCUUUGGCCCUGCAUGUGAAGCGUGCUGCCGGCUGCAGGGGGGAGAGGACUCCGCCAAGUGACCCUGCAGGAAUGCUUUGGGCUUCACCUCUUGGCCUGGGGUGGAAAAUUCAGCAGCUGCCGGGUUGGGGAGGGGGAGAAGGGGGGGGAAAGAAGCUCAUCCCGUUUCGAUGGAGAAAUGGAUUUAAUGGCAGAUUGAGAGGCUUAAGGGAGUAGGCAAGGAGAGUCUGUGCUGCGACUUUAACUCUUGGACUCCUGAGCGAAUUGCUGGUGCAAUAGUGGUUGUUGGAUGUAGUUGAGGAAUUAAAAAAUUAAAAAAAAAAAAAAAAAAAGAAGGUGGGGGGAGAGGGGAAUAAGUGACCGUUUUCACCAAGAUGUUAACCUGCUGUUGCCAAAAAAAAAAAAAAAA